AUGAAUAAAUUACUAGCUAUUUUGGCUAUAAUCUCAAUUACAGCUUCAUCUGUAAACGCAAAUUCAAUAGGUAGCGAUACUCCAUGUGGUACGCCUACUAGUCGAGGAAUGAAUAGUUAAGACUGCCAAUAUUGUGGUUCUACUUCUGAUAUCUCAAAUUUAUUUUAACCUAGUGGUAGUCCAAAUUGUGUUGUUAAAGAUUGUAGUCUUGCUCCAGGUACUAAUCUCAAUGGUUAUAUGUGUGCUUCUUGCAACGGUGUUUCAGGUGCUAAUUAAGUUUAUAGUGGAGGGUAAUUAUUCGAAGUAGAUACUUGUGUUGCCUCUUGCGAUCCAGGUUUUUAAGUUGAUUCAUCAUACAAUUGCUUUUCAGUUGGAGGUGUUGAUGUUGGCUGUGGUACACCAAGUAGUAUUAAUUCUGCUAACUGUAAUGCAUGCGGACCAUCUACUACUGUCAGAAAUUUCUUUAAAGUCUCUGCAACUCCAAAUUGUAAAGUUAUUGAUUGUACUGGAGAUCCAUCCACUAAUUUGAAUGGCUGGAUUUGUAAAUCCUGCAAUGGUGCCAUUCUUGCUCAUCCAGCUUAUUCUGCUGGUAAAUUCUUCAGUGGAACAUCUUGUGUUGCCAGUUGCCCUAUAGGAUAUGCUGCUGAUUCAAGUAAUACAUGCAUAGCAAUUAAUGGUGCAGAUGUUGGUUGUGGUACUGCAAAUUCAGCUGGUGCUAAGGCUACUGACUGCAAAGGAUGCGGUGCUAAUUCUACAAUCUAAAAUUUAUUUACACCUUCUGGAACUCCAAAUUGUUAAGUUACUGAUUGUACUGCUGAUCCAGGUUCUAAUCUCAAUGGUUGGAUGUGUAAAUCCUGUAAUGGUAACACUGUUGCUCAUGCAGCUUAUUCUGCUGGUAAAUUCUUCAUUGGAACAACUUGUGUUGCCAGUUGCCCUAUGGGAUAUGUUGCUGAUAAAAAUAAUGUUUGUUAAGCAAUUAACGGUGCUAAUGUUGGUUGUGGUACUGCAAAUUCAGCUGGUGCUAAGGCUACUGACUGCAAAGGAUGCGGUGCUAAUUCUACAAUCUAAAAUUUAUUUACACCUUCUGGAACUCCAAAUUGUUAAGUUACUGAUUGUACUGCUGAUCCAGGUUCUAAUCUCAAUGGUUGGAUGUGUAAAUCCUGCAAUGGUGCCACUCUUGCUCAUGCAGCUUAUUCUGCUGGUAAAUUCUUCAGUGGAACAUCUUGCGUUGCCAGUUGCCCUAUAGGAUAUGCUGCUGAUUAAAAUAAUGUUUGUUAAGCAACUAACGGUGCUGAUGUUGGUUGUGGUACUGCAAAUUCAGCUGGUGCUAAGGCUACUGACUGCAAAGGAUGUGGUGCUAAUUCUACAAUCUAAAAUUUAUUUACACCUUCUGGAACUCCAAAUUGUUAAGUUACUGAUUGUACUGCUGAUCCAGGUUCUAAUCUCAAUGGUUGGAUGUGUAAAUCCUGUAAUGGUAACACUGUUGCUCAUACAGCUUAUUCUGCUGGUAAAUUACUCAGUGGAACUACUUGUGCUGCCUCAUGCCCUACAGGUUACAAUGCUGAUUCAAAUAAUAUUUGCUAAGCUGACUUAACUUCUACUACUGGCUCAUACCUGUUAACUUUGGCUUUUACUAUGCUUUUGCUAUGUUUACUCAUCUGA